AUGGAUUCGUCUGGUCCUGCAAGGGAAAAGGGCAAGGCAAAAGCUGUGGCAAGAAGAACUAGGGCAAGAGCUAAGGCUAAAGCUAAGGCUAAAGCUAAGGCAAAAGAUAAUACAAAAGCUAAUACAAAAGCUAAGGCAGAAGCUAAUACAGAAGCUAAGGCAAAAACUAAUACAGAAGCUAAGGAAAAAACUAAUACAGAAGCUAAGGCAGAGUGUGCUCCUCCUCCAGAGAAGCCUCGGGUUCUGCUUGCUUGUUGUGGAAGUAUUUGUGCAGCAAAAUUUGAGCGUGUUUGUAGACAUUUUUUAGAAUGGGCAGAAGUGAAGGUAGUUCUCACAAGAUCAGCUUUGCCUUAUAUUGGAGAUCAAACAUUUCCCGAUGAUCUACUUGCAUGUAUUGAUGAGCACGAGUGGCUUACUUGGAAACAGAUAGGUGAUCCUGUGGUCCACAUUGAGCUUCGUGAAUGGGCUGAUAUCAUGGUCAUUGCUCCAUUGUCAUUAAACACUCUUGGCAAGAUAGCGGGAGGGUUGUGUGACAAUCUUCUGACAUGCAUUGUGAGAGCAUGGGACUACGAGAAGCCAUUUUUUGUUGCACCAUCCAUGGAGUCUUCUGAGUGGAUAGACUCAUUAACUGAAGAUCAUGCGAUGGCCAUUGAUGAGCUUGGCAUCCAUCUCAUCCCACCUGUUCCUCAGAGGGCAUCUGAGUAUCACGCAAUGGCACAACCUUUCACCAUUUACUCAAGUGUGAGAGCUUCUUAUGAGUUAAAGAUGAAAGGAAAGUAUGGUCAGGUUUAG